GACCAUCGAAUGUACGCUGGGCAUGAAGACCACAUUGCGUCAUUCAUGUUCAAACAUUAGCACGAGUCGGAAAACGUGUUCACAAUCGCGAGGGGAGCUCUCGGAAUUGAACGGGAAAUUUCACUUUUCAUCCGGAUCAAGUGCCUGUUACAUCAAUCAGUUCAAGCAUACAGCAAGGUCUGUCCUUGCUCUAUGGUUCAAGUUGCAAAAAAAGAUGUCUGAAUCACUUGCGGUUGCCACUGAGCAGGAGCGAAGUGUGACAGUGAAGUCUGGAGACAACUCGUGGGAGUUAAGCUACGUGUGGUUGAGAGAUCACUGCCGGUGUGAGAAGUGUUUCGACCACAGCAACUUCCAGCGUUUGCUGGACACUGUCGGUAUCCCAUUGGACAUUCGGCCGACUCAGCUGACGUGCGGCACCGAUGGCCUGGACCUGACAUGGCCAGACAGUCACAUGACCACUUACCCCUGGAAGUGGUUGGAGGAAUUCGGUCCCAGUGGUGCGAAACAGCAAUCGCACAAUGCGGCCCUUCAGCGUAUAUUAUGGGAUGGGGCGACAAUAAAGAGCGUGCUGCCCCCAGAUAUCGCAUUCCAGGAGUUUAUGGAAACCGAAACGGGUCUCAAGGAAGCAGUGGAGAGGUUUUACAAGUUGGGGUUGGUGUUCAUUAACGGGGCUCAGCCAAAUACAGAAGACGUGGAGAAGGUGGCCAGUCGUUUCUCCCGCCUCCAGGAGACGUUUUACGGCAGGGCGUGCGUGGUGACUUUUACUCAAGAGAUUGCUGAUAGCGGAUACUCCAAGGGGAGCCUGAGUCUUCAUACAGAUAACACGUACUUUCAUGAGCCGAAUGGGGCUCUUCUGUUCAGCUGCUUCAAGCACGACGGGGAAGGGGGCGAAAACCCUCUAGUGGAUGGGUUCUACGCAGCCGCCAAACUUAAACGAGAGCACCCAGACUACUACGAUGCCCUCAGCACCAUCCCCCUUGUCAUGCAGUACGUGGACCAGGAACGAGACAUCAAGACUCAUGCGACGAUGAUCAAGAACGACCCCAUUACUGGAGCUAUGCAGAUGAUUCGGUACAAUGUCUUGGACAGAGGUGUCCUUUCCCAUUUCACACUUCGAGACAUGGACCGCUUCUACGCGGCCAACAAAGCCUUCGCCACCAUCCUGCAAGACCCGUCCAGCGAGUUUGUGGUCAAGCUGGUACCCGGCAGACUGAUGCUCAUCGACAACUGGCGGCUGCUGCACGGACGCUCGGCUUUCACCGGUAACCGAGUAAUGACGUCGGCCUACUUGCAGCGAGACGAGAUGCAUAGCAAGAUCAGAACCAUGCUGGGGGUUAAGAUAUAACCCAUCGGACCAGCGGUUCCAUUGGGUCAUCCAUUCCGCAGGGGAAUAUACAUGUAGUCACUUAAGACAAAGUUAAAGGCGAGGAACUUUUCUGUAAGGGCGGAGGAAGUUUUUCAGAGUUGUGCAUCAUUUU